GCGGCAGCGGGGCCUGUGGGGCGAUGGCGGCUGUACGGGGCCUCCGUAUUUCGGUGAAGGCGACCGAGCCGGAGCCCAUGGAAGUGGAGGAGGGCGAGCUGUUGCUUCAGACCGGAGCCCCCGCUACCACCUCGCCUCAGAUAGCUACGGCAUCAGCGGAGGAACUAGCCGUGCCGGUGGAGCGCUCGUUGAGGGAGCUGCUGCCGGAUACUAGCCGAAGAUAUGAAAACAAAGCUGGGAGCUUUGUCACUGGAAUAGAUGUGACUUCAAAGGAAGCGAUUGAGAAGAAGGAGCAGAGAGCAAAACGUUUUCAUUUUCGUGGAGAAAUCAAUCUUGCUCAAAGAAAUGUAACACUGGAUCGAGAUAUGAUGAAGAAAGCCAUUCCCAAAUUGCGACUAGAUACCAUAUAUAUUUAUGGUGUUGAUGAAAUGAGCACCCAGGAUAUUUUUGCCUAUUUCAAGGAAUAUCCCCCUGCUCACAUUGAGUGGCUGGAUGACACAUCUUGCAAUGUUGUUUGGCUUGAUGAAGUAACAGCGACGCGAGCACUUAUCAACAUGAGUUCUAUGCCUGGUGAGGCAAAAAUAAAAUCCCAAGAAAACUGUAAGAAAAUAGAAGAAUCCACAAAGAAAGAAAAAGAGGAGUCAAACUCAGAUGAAGAAACGGAAGAAGGUGAGGUAGAAGAUGAUCAUCCAAGUGAUACAGAGCUGGACACUUUAUCCCAAGUGGAAGAAGAUUCCCUUUUGCGUAAUGACCUUCGUCCGGCCAGUAAGCUGGCCAAAGGCAACAAGCUCUUCAUGAGAUUUGCCACCAGAGAUGACAAGAAGGAGCUUGGAGCUGCCAGGAGAAGCCAAUAUUACAUGAAAUAUGGAAAUCCUAAUUAUGGAGGCAUGAAAGGCAUCUUGAGCAACUCAUGGAAGCGGAGAUAUCAUUCACGCCGACUUCACCGGGAUGUAAUUAAAAAAAGAACUCUCAUUGGGGAUGAUGAUGGUCUGACACCCCCUUAUAAACAUCACUCAGGAUUAGUAAAUGUACCUGAAGAACCAAUUGAGGAAGAAGAGGAGGAGGACCAAGAUGAUGAUCAAUAUAUGGAUGAGGAUGAUCGUGUAGUUGUGGAAUACAGAGAUGAACUUCAGGCUUACAAGCAGUCUCGUGAACGGAGUGCUCGGCGGUCCAGUGCUAGCGAAUCUGAUUCUGAUGAAAUGGACUAUGAUCUUGAGCUGAAAAUGAUCUCUACUCCUUCCCCCAAGAAAAGCAUGAAAAUGACUAUGUAUGCAGAUGAAGUAGAAUCUCAGUUGAAGAGCAUUAGAAAUUCAAUGAGAGCAGACAGUGUCACUUCCAGCAAUAUCAAGAAUCGUAUUGGAAGCAAAGGAGCCUCAGAGAAAGUUACUGAUGUGAGGCUGCUGUUGGAAGAAAAAAGGCACGGGAGUCCUAGCCUGCAUCAGCCCGUGAGCUCUGUGAAAUCAGGUAAAGGAUUCUUUGCUGUUGAUUAUCCCAACUUACUUCACAUGUUUUUUCUCUGCAUACAAUUCUUACUACAUUCUUCUCUUUGUACAAUGACAGCAAAUCUACGGACACGUUUGGGAUCUGCAUCAAAGACGCAGGAAAAAGUCCCAGAGAGAGCAGAAAAAUCAUCAGUAUCACCAGAAGAUGACGACUCUGAGCUCCAGCGGGCAUGGGGGGCCCUCAUUAAAGAAAAAGAACAGUCACGUCAAAAGAAAAGCCGACUUGAUAACUUGCCAUCGCUGCAGAUUGAAAUUAGUCAAGAGAGCAGCUCAGGCUCGGACACAGAAUCAUGAUGGCUUUUAGUGCAUCCUUGGAGACUGUUCUUUAGCUCCAAACUGACUAUCUGGCCUGGGCCCAGGAGCCUUCCUCUGCCAAGCAUCCGAUCCAUGUUUCAAGGAAUCUCUAGUGUGAGAUGUCCUUGCAUGGCAGAGAUGACUUUAGCAGAGUGUGUGUGUGUGUGUGUGUUCCUGUUAAGAAGCCGUCAAGAUUUGUAGAAGACUUAUAUCUUUCCAUUAAGAUGGAAGCAAGAUUCUGAUACUCCACAAAUGAUACAGAACUUUCUUGGUUGAUCACCUUUGCCUUUCUGGUUUUUCUCUGGUUAGCUAUUUGGGCUGGCUCUGCUUCUGCUUCUCCUUCUCCAGAAUGACCAUGAAUGUAAAUCCAAGAAAGGACAAUGAAAAUGUUCUCUCUGUUAGUGUCAGCAUUUCCUGAAUGUGAUUCCAUCAGAAUUGGUUUUCUAUAUUGGAGAGAAAUUUCUUACCUAAAAUGAACAGCUGAAAUCCUAAAUGGUACUUUUUGUUUAUUAUGGAAAAAUAACUUAAAAAUAAUACCCAUGUGUAUAAUGCUCACUGGGAAUAUUAAUAUAUGUA